AUGAAACCCAAAAGAAUUUCGUUGGGGCGUAACCCUCUUAGCGACGCGCCAUACCGGAACCCGGGUGUGGUGUCAAAUGGGCAAGGGCCGGGCCGUCACCCCCUAGGUGGCGCGCCGUAUCUUGAUCUGGAUACGGUGACAAGUGAGCAAGGAUCGGGUCGUCGCAUCCUUAGUGGCGCGCUACAUCGACGCCCGGAUGUAGUGGAAAAUGAGCAAGGGUCUUCGCAUUUGACUCGACGAGUGCGAAGGGUAAGGAAGCUAGCCGAGCCUAGGAGGAUCCGCUUAGGUAGCUGGAACGUAGGGUCCUUGACAGGUAAGCUUCGGGAGCUAGUUGAUGCAGCGGUGAGGAGAGGUGUGGAUAUCCUUUGCGUCCAAGAAACCAAAUGGAGGGGACAGAAGGCGAAGGAGGUGGAGGAUACUGGCUUCAAGCUAUGGUACACGGGGACGGCUACAAACAAAAAUGGGGUAGGCAUCUUGAUCAACAAGAGCCUCAAGUCUGGAGUGGUAAACGUCAAGAGGUGUGGGGACCGGAUUAUCCUGGUUAAGCUGGUAUUUGGGGACUUAGUUCUCAAUGUUAUCAGUGCAUAUGCCCCGCAAGUAGGCCACAAUGAGAACACCAAGAGGGAGUUCCGGGAACGCCUCGAGGACUUGGUUAGGAGUGUACCGAGUGGCGAGAAGCUCUUCAUAGGAGGAGACCUCAAUGGCCACGUGGGUACAUCUAACACAGGUUUUGAGGGGGUGCAUGGCGGCUUUGGCUAUGGCAUUAGGAACCAAGAAGGAGAAGAUGUCUUAAGCUUUGCUCUAGCCUACGACAUGAUCGUAGCUAACACCCUCUUUAAAAAGAGAGAAUCACAUCUAGUGACUUUUAGUAGUGGUCAACACUGUAGCCAGAUUGAUUUCAUCCUCUCGAGAAGAGAAGACAGAGGUGCGUGCCUAGAUUGCAAGGUGAUACCUGGGGAGAGUGUUGUCCAUCAGCAUAAGCUUGUGGUGGCUGAUUUCCGCUUUCGGAUUCGUGUCCAGCGGGAUAAGCGUGCCAAAGUCGCUAGAACAAAGUGGUGGAAGCUCAAUGGGGAGGUUGCUCAGGCGUUUAAGGAGAGGGUUAUUAAGGAGGGCCCUUGGGAGGAAGAGGGUGAUGCGGACAGUAUGUGGAUGAAGAUGGCGACUUGCAUUCGUAAGGUGGCCUCAGAGGAGUUUGGAGUGUCAAGGGGAAGUAGAAGAGAAGUUAAAGACACCUGGUGGUGGAAUGAUGAUGUCCAAAAGGCUAUUAAAGAGAAGAAGGAUUGUUUCCGACGCCUAUACUUGAAUAGGAGUGCAGACAACAUAGAGAAGUACAGGAUGGCGAAGAAGGCCGCAAAGCGAGCUGUGAGUGAAGCACGGGGUCGGGCGUAUGAGGACCUCUACCAACGUUUAGACACGAAGGAAGGCGAAAGGGACAUCUAUAAGAUGGCCAAGAUUCGAGAGAGGAAGACGAGGGAUGUUGACCAAGUCAAAUGCAUCAAGGACGGAGCCGGCCAACUCCUGGUGAAGGACGAGGCGAUCAAGCAUAGAUGGCGGGAGUACUUCGACAAGCUAUUCAAUGGGGAGACAGAGAGCUCUACCAUUGAACUCGACGACUCCUUUGAUGAUACCAGUAGGCGUUUUGUGCGGCGAAUACAAGAGUCUGAGGUCAAGGAAGCUUUAAAAAGGAUGAAAGGAGGAAAGGCAAUGGGCCCUGAUUGCAUCCCCAUUGAGGUGUGGAGAGACCUCGGAGACAUAGCGAUAGUAUGGCUAACUAAGCUUUUCAACCUCAUUUUUCGGGCAAACAAGAUGCCAGAAGAAUGGAGACGGAGUAUAUUAGUACCAAUCUUCAAGAACAAGGGGGAUGUU